AUGCGGGGAGCCUGGCCGCUGCUGCUGCUGGGUCUCAGACUACAGUUGUCACUUAGCGUCAUCCCAGUGGAGGAGGAGAACCCAGCCUUCUGGAACCAAAAGGCAGCCGAGGCCCUGAGUGCUGCCAAGAAGCUGCAGCCCAUUCAGACAUCAGCCAAGAACCUCAUCAUCUUCCUGGGGGACGGGAUGGGGGUGCCCACAGUGACAGCCACCAGGAUCCUAAAGGGACAGAUGGGAGGCCAUCUAGGACCUGAGACACCCCUAGCCAUGGACCGCUUCCCAUACAUGGCUCUGUCCAAGACAUACAACGUGGACAGACAGGUCCCAGACAGUGCAGGCACAGCCACCGCCUAUCUCUGUGGGGUCAAGGCCAACUACAAGACCAUUGGCUUGAGCGCAGCUGCCCGAUUCGACCAGUGCAACACCACAUUUGGCAACGAGGUCAUCUCAGUGAUGUAUCGGGCAAAGAAAGCAGGAAAGUCUGUGGGAGUGGUCACCACCACGUCGGUGCAGCACGGUUCUCCAGCUGGCACCUACGCACACACGGUGAACCGUAACUGGUACUCGGAUGCAGAAAUGCCUCCUUCUGCGGUGCAGGAGGGCUGCAAGGACAUCGCUCUACAGCUCAUCUCCAACAUGGACAUUGAUGUGAUCCUCGGUGGUGGCCGCAAGUUCAUGUUUCCCAAGGGAACACCAGACCAGGAAUAUCCAGCUAACGCUGGCCAGGCUGGAACCAGGCUGGAUGGACAGAACCUCGUUCAAGAGUGGCUGGCAAAGUAUCAGGGGGCCCGGUAUGUUUGGAACCGCACAGAGCUCAUUCAGGCGUCCCUGGACCCAUCUGUGACACACCUCAUGGGCCUCUUUGAGCCUGAACACAUGAAAUAUGACAUCUACCGAGACCCUACCCAGGACCCCUCCCUGGCGGAGAUGACAGAGGUGGCCGUGCGCAUGCUGAGCAGGAACCCCCGAGGCUUCUACCUCUUUGUGGAAGGGGGCCGCAUUGACCAUGGUCAUCAUGAGGGCACGGCCUACCGUGCACUGACUGAGACCAUCAUGUUCGACUCGGCCAUUGAUAAGGCGGACCAGCUCACCAGUGAGCAGGACACGAUGAUCCUUGUCACUGCUGACCACUCCCACGUCUUCUCCUUUGGUGGCUACACACUUCGGGGGACCUCCAUCUUCGGGCUAGCUCCCUUCAAGGCUCAGGACGGCAGAUCCUUUACCUCCAUCCUAUAUGGCAACGGGCCCGGCUAUCAACUCCAGAAAGGUGUCCGGCCAGAUGUCACUGACAGGGAGAGCCGUGACCCCACGUACCAGCAGCAGGCGGCUGUACCGCUGUCCUUGGAGACCCACGGCGGGGAGGACGUGGCGAUAUUCGCGCGUGGCCCGCAGGCACACCUGGUGCACGGAGUGCAGGAGCAGAACUACAUCGCGCACGUCAUGGCCUUUGCAGGCUGCCUGGAGCCCUACACCGACUGCGGCCUGGCGCCCCCUGCCGGCCAGAGCAGUGCGGCGAGCCGGGGCCAGACCUCCGCCCUGAUGCUCCUGUUGGCAGGGACCAUGUUGAUGGUGGCAGCUGAGCCCUGA